AGCAUGUCUGUGUAUCAGCACCGCGCAUCCACAGCACCGUCUGUAUCCUCUACCUCCGUGGCCUUACAAACAAGGGCAGGCGUGUCAUCAACACUCAAAUAGCAGCAUGAACCCAGCGAGAGGACUUGGAUGUUGUGUUGCUGACAGAAAUGUGCACAUAGCGUGGACUUGAAAAGACAGUCCCAUGGGCCAUAGUGGAGGGUCAACAACAGAGUGGAGAUGUUCACAGAGAGGCCUCCUCCAGAGGAGGAGAGGAGGGUCCGGGCCAAUGACAGAGAAUACAACGAGAAGUUUCAGUAUGCGAUCUCGUCUCUCUCCUGGGUUCACCACCAUAGUGCCUUUAGCCUGGUGCUCAGCAUCACUGCAGUAAAGGAUGCCACUGACGACUACUUCCGUCACAAGAGUGACAACCAGGUGAACAACCGCCAGUCUCAGGUCGUCAUCCACGGCUCUCUUCAGAAGGAGAAGUGGAUGAAUGUAAGAGUGGGUGAUAUCAUUAAACUGGAGAAUAACCAGUUUGUGGCAGCUGACCUUCUCUUACUGUCCAGUAGUGAACCUCAUAGCCUCUGUUACAUCGAAACCGCAGAGCUAGACGGGGAGACCAAUAUGAAGGUGCGUCAGUCUCUGUCUGUGACUGCAGAGCUGGGAGACCCCAACAACCUGGCCCCUUUUGAUGGUGAGGUGGUCUGUGAGCCUCCCAACAACAAGCUGGACAGGUUCUGUGGUCUUCUGUGCUGGAGAGACUGUAAAUACCCCCUGAGCAACCACAACAUGUUACUACGAGGCUGUGUCCUCCGCAACACAGAGACCUGCUACGGACUGGUCAUCUUUGCAGGCCCAGACACCAAGCUGAUGCAGAAUAGUGGUCGCACCAAGUUCAAACGCACAAGCAUUGACCGCCUCAUGAACACACUGGUGCUCUGGAUCUUUGGCUUCAUGGUGUGUAUGGGUGUGAUCCUGGCUGUGGGGAACGCUGUGUGGGAGAGAGAGGUGGGUUCUCUGUUCCAGAGUUACCUGGCCUGGGACCUGCCUGUAGACAACUUCCUAUUCUCUGCUUUCCUCUCCUUCUGGUCCUACGUCAUCAUUCUCAACACCGUGGUGCCCAUCUCACUCUACGUCAGUGUGGAGGUGAUUAGGCUGGGUCAUAGUUACUUUAUAAACUGGGACAGGAAGAUGUUCUGUCCACAGUGUAACACAGCAGCUGAAGCCAGGACCACCACUCUCAACGAGGAACUGGGACAGGUGGAGUACAUCUUCAGUGACAAGACAGGAACUCUCACUCAGAACAUCAUGAGCUUCAGCAAGUGCUCUAUCAAUGGACAUGCCUAUGGUGAGGUGAUCGACCCGUUGGGAGCACAGUUAAAGAGGUUAGACUUCUCCUCCUUCAACCCCCUGGCGGACCCUGACUUCUGUUACUAUGACAACGGUCUGCUGAAGUCGGUGAAGCUGGGAGACCUUCACAGCCACGAGUUCUUCCGGCUGCUUUCCCUCUGUCACACCGUCAUGAGUGAGGAGAAGAAGGAGGGAGAGUUGAUGUAUAAGGCCCAGUCUCCAGAUGAGGGUGCGUUGGUGACAGCAGCCAGGAACUUUGGUUUUGUGUUCCGGUCUAGAACCCCUGGUACUGUCACUGUGACAGAGCUGGGCCGACCCGUCACAUACACACUGCUGGCCAUCCUCGACUUCAACAACAUCCGCAAGAGGAUGUCCGUUAUAGUGCGUAACCCCGAGGGGAGGAUCCGUCUAUACUGUAAAGGAGCUGAUACUCUGUUGUUUGAGAGGCUCCACCCCUCCAACCAUCACCUGAUGAAUAUCACAACAGAUCACCUUAAUGAGUAUGCUGGGGACGGCCUGCGGACCCUGGCCCUGGCCUACAGAGACCUGUCAGAGGAGCAGUGGGAGGAGUGGUCAGAGAGACACCGCCAAGCAGACAGAGCUACAGACUGUAGAGAGGACAGACUGGCUGACAUAUAUGAACACAUAGAACAGGACAUGAUGCUCCUGGGAGCCACAGCCAUAGAGGAUAAGCUACAGGAGGGAGUUCCUGAGACCAUCGCUAUUCUCGCUCUUGCUAACAUCAAGAUCUGGGUCCUCACGGGAGACAAACAGGAGACAGCAGUUAAUAUAGGUUACUCCUGUAAGAUGCUGACUGGUGAUAUGACUGAGGUGUUCAUCAUCAGUGGAAACACAGUGCUGAGUGUUAGAGAGGAACUCAGGAGAGCGAGGGAGAGGAUGAUAGAGUUUGCCCGUACGAGAGAGGGAGGAAAGGAGGAGGGGAUAGCGGGAUGGGGCGAGGCCUGUUCUCUGGGGAAUGGGUUUGGGAGGGACGGGGGAGGAGAGGGGAGAGAGUGGCCCUCUGUGGGGGACAAACAGCAGCAAUGUCCCCCUCCCCCUGACCCUCCCGCCCCUCGACCCCCCUCAUCAACCACGCUAGACUCCAUAUCUGGAGAGUUCGCCCUCGUCAUCAACGGACAUAGCCUGGCCCAUGCGUUGGAGGCUGAUAUGGAGGGGGAGUUUGUGUCAACAGCGUGUGUCUGUAGAGCAGUGAUCUGCUGCAGGGUGACUCCUCUACAGAAAGCCCUGGUGGUGGAGCUCAUCAAGAAACACAAGAAAGCUGUCACCCUGGCCAUAGGAGACGGGGCUAACGAUGUUAGCAUGAUCAAGACGGCUCAUAUAGGAGUGGGCAUCAGUGGUCAGGAGGGCAUCCAGGCAGUGCUGGCGUCUGACUACUCCUUCUCCCAGUUCCGCUUCCUCCAGCGCCUGCUGCUGGUCCACGGACGCUGGUCCUACCUCCGCAUGUGUCGCUUCCUCUGCUACUUCUUCUACAAGAACUUUGCCUUCACCAUGGUGCACUUCUGGUUCGGCUUCUUCUGUGGCUUCUCUGCCCAGACAGUAUAUGAUCAGUACUUCAUCACUCUCUAUAACAUCGUCUACACGUCUCUCCCCGUGCUGGCCAUGGGAAUAUUUGACCAGGACGUCCCAGAGCAGCGUAGUCUGGAGUAUCCUAAGCUGUAUGAGCCAGGUCAGCUUAACCUGCUGUUCAACAAGAGAGAGUUCUUCAUCUGUAUAACCCAGGGUAUCUACACCAGUGUUGUGUUGUUCUUCGUACCCUACGCCAUCCUGUCCCACGGAACCCAGGGCACCGGGGAACCCCUCGCUGACUACCAGACCUUUGCUGUAACCACGGCCACCGCCCUGGUGAUCGUGGUCAGUGUGCAGAUUGCUCUGGACACAGGCUACUGGACAGCCAUCAACCAUUUCUUUGUGUGGGGCUCUGUGGGCACCUUCUUCACCAUCAUGUUGGCUAUGCACAGCCAGACUCUGUUCAGCAUCUUUCCCAACCAGUUCCACUUCGUAGGCAGUGCCCAGAGCACACUGGUCCAGCCGCUGGUGUGGCUGACCAUCGUCUUGGCCACAGUGAUCUGCAUCGUUCCAGUUCUGGCAUUCCGCUUCCUCAAACUGGACCUGAAACCACAGCUGUCUGACACGGUGCGUUACACCCAGCUGGUGCAUCAGAAGACGAGGAAGCCAGCGGGUCGAUGCAUGGGAGGAGUCAGGGGCGGGGUCGGGGGCGUGCCUGAGGGUCGUCUGGGGGCAAGGGGCGGGUCCAGGAGGUCAGGAUAUGCCUUUGCCCACCAGGAGGGCUUUGGGGAGCUCAUCACCUCUGGGAAGAACAUGAGACUGUCCUCCCUGGCCCUGGCCAACUUUGCUUCCAGACACAGCUCCAGCUGGAUAGACACCCUGCGCAGAAAGAAGCACUCAAACACACAUCCCCCGCAGAGCGCCUCAGGAGAGAGCAGCCCGGCACCUAGCUAUGUGUCGGGAUCGGCUGCCCCCCUGUCCAAUUCAUCCUCUCUCCUGGGAGGGUCACAGGAUACUCCCCUGGAGGAGGGAACACACACGCUGCCUGUCAUACUCCCACAGGUGGCUUCUGGCCCUCCCACAAACACACCUCCAGCGUUAGCUCCAGCCCAGAUCCCCUCUGCUGACGCUCUCACCCCCACCUCGGUGAGGAGUCCUGGGGGAGACUCGGUUGGUGGCUGGAACCUUAGUCUGGGCGCUGUACAGGAUGCUCUAUUUGGUUGGAGGGGGGGCGCCUCUCGCACCAGCGGAACCAGCAGCCCGGGACCUCCCCUUGUUCCCAAGGAAACCAACCACACCGUGUGAGACGGACAGACAGAUGGACAGAUGAUAGAAAGAAGAAGGACAGGCUGUCAUAUCCCACUGGAUUCUCUUGGAAUACGUGAAGAAAUACUACAUUUGGAAGUUUGUAAUACUGAAGUUGGAAUGUUGGAAUGGCACUCACCCUGGGUUAGGAAGAGAUCCAAAGUGGCAGCCAUUGUAGGCGGAAGGCAUACACACCCAUCAACACACACGGGCAUUUGUAUGACACUGUCGUUGCAAUAGGGUUGGUACAUAUAUGUAUCCGUCUGAAAGAUAGUGUGGGGUAGUUGUGAUAGACAUGUUCAGAUUACCCACAACCCACUGCUCUGUCUUCUUCAACCAAUGAGGCAGACUGAAAGAAGCACUUCUUCAUGCAAAUGAUGUAGCCAUCUGCUGAAGAGCUUGGUACCACAGGGAUCCGGAGAGAAACCCCGCUCUAACAACACCGCUGUGGUUCAGACAUGACUAUACUAUUUAUACAAUGGAUCACAUGUCAUAACAUCAUAUCAGAUUGGUUCAAAGCAAAGUAUUGAAUUGAGUCUUUAUGACAGAAGAGAGAUUCAUUUGAUCGUCAGAAAGGUGGUGAAUUGAGUCUUUAUGACAGAAGAGAGGUUCAUUUGAUCGUCAGAAAGGUGGUGAUUUGAGUCUUUAUGACAGAAGAGAGGUUCAUUUGAUCGUGAGAAAGGUGGUGAUUUGAGUCUUUAUGACAGAAGAGAGGUUCAUUUGAUCGUCAGAAAGGUGGUGAUUUGAGUCUUUAUGACAGAAGAGAGGUUCAUUUGAUCGUCAGAAAGGUGGUGAAUUGAGUCUUUAUGACAGAAGAGAGUUUCAUUUGAUCGUCAGAAAGGUGGUGAAUUGAGUCUUUAUGACAGAAGAGAGGUUCAUUUGAUCGUCAGAAAGGUGGUGAAUUGAGUCUUUAUGACAGAAGAGAGAUUCAUUUGAUCGUCAGAAAGGUGGUGAAUUGAGUCUUUAUGACAGAAGAGAGGUUCAUUUGAUCGUGAGAAAGGUGGUGAAUUGAAUCUUUAUGACAGAAGAGAGGUUCAUUUGAUCGUGAGAAAGGUGGUGAAUUGAGUCUUUAUGACAGAAGAGAGAUUCAUUUGAUCGUCAGAAAGGUGGUGAAUUGAGUCUAUGACAGAAGAGAGUUUCAUUUGAUCGUCAGAAAGGUGGUGAAUUGAGUCUUUAUGACAGAAGAGAGAUUCAUUUGAUCGUCAGAAAGGUGGUGAAUUGAGUCUUUAUGACAGAAGAGAGAUUCAUUUGAUCGUCAGAAAGGUGGUGAAUUGAGUCUUUAUGACAGAAGAGAGGUUCAUUUGAUCGUCAGAAAGGUGGUGAAUUGAGUCUUUAUGACAGAAGAGAGGUUCAUUUGAUCGUCAGAAAGGUGGUGAAUUGAAUCUUUAUGACAGAAGAGAGGUUCAUUUGAUCGUCAGAAAGGUGGUGAAUUGAGUCUUUAUGACAGAAGAGAGGUUCAUUUGAUCGUCAGAAAGGUGGUGAAUUGAGUCUAUGACAGAAGAGAGUUUCAUUUGAUCGUCAGAAAGGUGGUGAAUUGAGUCUUUAUGACAGAAGAGAGGUUCAUUUGAUCGUCAGAAAGGUGGUGAAUUGAGUCUUUAUGACAGAAGAGAGGUUCAUUUGAUCGUCAGAAAGGUGGUGAAUUGAAUCUUUAUGACAGAAGAGAGGUUCAUUUGAUCGUCAGAAAGGUGGUGAAUUGAGUCUUUAUGACAGAAGAGAGGUUCAUUUGAUCGUCAGAAAGGUGGUGAAUUGAGAUGAAAUAGCAGAAUGAGUGGUUUUUAUGAUCAGCUGUUGUUAGACAUAGUACUCCAAUACACCUGUCUGUAUCCAGCUGUUAACCAAUCAUAAACAUGUCUUUAAUAGGCCAAGUAAUGCUGUCUACCUUCUCUAAUAAUGUAUGACACAGUGUAAACCAAUGCAGUAGUGUAGAGCUGUCCCUCUAACCUGUACAGUCUGUAUGAGGAAUGUCUCUGGAACCUUAUCAGUGGUCCUGAUGUUUGUAUUCAUGAUUACAUAUUGCUGUGUCACCAUGCCCAAAGGCUUAGUCAAACCAGACAGGCUGCACGAUCCUACACUCUUAUGGGUACAUACUACUGUACAUUCUCUAUCUGUCUGCCUGAAUGUCUGUCUGACUGACAUUUUCACAUAUAGUCCGUCUGUUGUUUUAGCCAAUAACUUGGCAGGACACUGAGGGGUUCAGUCAGCCAACCAAUGACUGAAGAAUGCAGGAUGCUGUCCUUGCUGGAAUGUUGUAGUAUAUGUCAUCAUAAGUUCAUGGGCAGAGUUUCUGUGUUCACCAUAGUUCUCAGUGAGAACGCCAUUUUGAUCUUACAGGACCAGCAAGACUCCUCUUCGUCAUGUUCUUCUUCAUCCUCCUCCACUGCACCAUAUUGGUGACCUGCUGCUGGGCCCACAGACAGAACUACAGUUAUAUCACAGACUCUGAGCCCUACCUGUACUGGGCUGAAGAGAGAGGAGAUGGACUUCUAACAAAAACCUGGACCUCCAUGUUGCUUUAGGGCGGACUGACUGAGGCGUUGUGAGAGACAAUGGACAGUAAGGCCUCUAUGGCGUCCAUGUUGGUUUGGGGCGGACUGAGUGUGUGGGAAAAGCUAAUAUGCUAAUAUGUGCUUAUGCAGUCAGACAGUAACCUGUAGUUACCUAGAGACUGAGCUGGUCUAGGAACAGGAGAACGUGUUAAUGAAUGGAGGCUUGGGAGGGAGGGAUCAGGGAUAUUAUUAUUAAGCCUUAAUAAAUCCACAGUAAUGAUGAUCAA